AGGUGUUAAUGAAUCACAUUUCUUUUAGAGCGGCAUCAUGGCGUCAUUAGCCAGCUAAACAGAUUUACAGUAUUUGAAGAAAGGGAGGGUUAUCUGACGUUCAUCUAUAACAAUUAAGCGUCAUAAGUUUGAUUGUCAUUAGUUUAACUCAAGUAAUGAAAAAUACACAUAUUUUCGACAAAAAAUAAGUUAUGGAUAUAUGCAACGGGAGGAGGCGAAAAAUAAGAACCCCAAGAAGUCUGAGGGCUUACAAAAGGCUGGUUGAAGCACAGAACGCUACCGCCAACAUGACGAAGCGGGAGAUGAAACGAGAGGUGUGCAAAGUCCUGAGGUCGCUAGCGGUAGAGAACAACAACGUGGACAUCGAUGUCCCCAUGGAGGAGCACUGUUUCUCUAUGAACUUUAGUAAGAACGAGAACCUCGAGGAGCAUGCCAUGGUUAUGGCACCACGUUACAGUCUGUUGCGAGAGGUCGGAAGGGGCAGCUAUGGGGUAGUGUUCGAGGCAAUUGCACGGAGGACAGGGGCAAGGGUAGCGGUUAAAAAACUCCAGUGUAACGCUCCUGAAAAUGUGGAACUCGCUCUGUCAGAAUUCUGGGCUUUGGCAAGCCUGGAGAAGAAGCACGAGAAUGUGGUGCAGCUCGAGGAAUGUGUGCUACAAAGGAAUGGAAUGGCCCAGAAAAUGAGUCAUGGAAAUAAAAGGUCAAAACAAUACCUGCGGUUGGUGGAGACUUCACUAAAAGGUGAGCGAAUUCUGGGCUACCCGGAGGAGCCGUGCUACCUAUGGUUCAUCAUGGAGUUCUGCGAAGGCGGGGACCUGAACCAGUACAUCCUUUCGCGACGGCCCGAUCCGCUCACCAACAAGAGCUUCAUGCGCCAGCUGACCAGUGCCGUGGCCUUCCUGCACCAGAACAACAUUGUGCACCGCGACCUCAAGCCCGACAACAUCCUCAUCUCCCAGAAGUCAGGGUUGCCUGUCCUCAAAGUGGCUGACUUCGGCCUCAGCAAGGUUUGCGCAGGCUUGGGCAAAGACGGCAAUGAGCACCCCAAAGCUGGUGGCGACAGAAACAACGUGAACAAGUUCUGGUUGUCGUCAACAUGUGGCUCAGACUUUUUCAUGGCGCCCGAGGUGUGGGAGGGCCACUACACGGCCAAGGCUGACAUCUUUGCCCUGGGAAUCAUCAUCUGGGCCAUGCUGGAGCGGAUCACCUUCAUCGACGCCGAGUCCAAGCGCGAGCUGUUGGGCACCUACGUGCGUCGGGGCACUGAGAUUGUGCCAGUGGGUGAGGCGCUCCUGGGGAACCCCAAGAUGGUGCUCCACAUUCCGCAGAAGACACGCAGCACCAUGUCUGAGGGGGUGAAGAAGCUUCUGCAGGACAUGCUUGCGGUCAACCCCCUGGACCGGCCCGACGCCUUCCAACUGGAGGUGCUGGUGAACCUAGUCACGUGUGCUGCGUGACACCGCUCCCCUCCCAUUCCCCUUUCCAAACCAUGGCCAGUCUGCUUUUUUACCAGAUGUUUACUAACUCAAUGUGGGAUCCCAAGUCUGUACAGAGGUGGAAAAAGGGACUCUGAUCAUCUCUGAACUUUAAAACCUCUGUGAUUGAGGUCAGCACUUCAAAAAUCAGGACACCAUCUUAGGAAAAUCUAUGCAAUCAAAUCGUAUGGAAAGUCAGGUUCUCUCCCCGCUUCUUCUAUUUUAAAUUUGGAACGUUGUCACCAAAAGCCGAAAGACGAUCACCAAUGUGUGAUGGUCAGCUAUGCCAGAACACACCUUGCACACCUGGUUUGAAAUGGCCUGAAGGAGUAAUCAUGAUUAAGUUAUGUUUAUAUUUGAUAUGCUGGUCUUCAAAAUAAAUUUUUCUCAAUGUU